ACGAUGGUUAAGCGUGUCCACAGCGCUCUGUCCUGCGCGGAACUGACACCGGUGGUGCUGAGGCGUACCCUGAAACCAUCGACGGAACCUGCAUCGACGAGCCUGCAGGCGAAGGUAUGCCGGAACAGUUUCAUCGCAAAGCUGCUCGAGGAUCCAACGCUGAACCAGCUGGCGGAAGGGCUAGAGUACGAGCUGAUCGCGAAGCUGAUCGAGAACUCGUUGCUACGGCUGAAGGAGUCACGCAACGGGCUGGACUUGAGCGGUACCAAAGACGAGGACGAUGUGUCACGGUUGAUCGAGCAGUCGCUACUCAAGAUCCAGGAGGAGCGCAGUAAGCUGGGCGUCGCGAGUGGUGCCACCGCAACGAGUACUAGCCCGGCGCCGGCGAAAUCGACGGAGGAUGCGAGCAAACGGAGUAGCGUCAGCUCGGGCAAUAGCUACGGUUCUGCGGCGGCGUACGAGCUGAUGGAGUUCGAUCAGUUGGCCGAUCUGAGCGAUUGCUAUCAGAGCUGUAGCAGCGAUCUGACCGUGGACGACGAGACGACCUCAUCGCGCAGCAAGUUCUACCAGAUGCUGGUGGAUGCCACCCUGUCGGAGAUCGAGAUUAACACGACGAACGACGAGGACGAGGAUGAUCACCAUUACGAGUCGAUCCGGCUGAACGGUGAUCCGAUCUACGAGGAGAUCAACGAGAUACCGCCCCCGUUACCACUGACGGCACCACCGAUCGAUGAUCUCGAUUUGGAGAAGCAACGCAAUGCGCGCUCCAUCUUCGAGGGCGCUUCCAAGUACGACAUCCUCUCGUAUCUGGUCGAUGCGAAGGAACGGGGCAUCGCGCAGGACGUGGAAACGUACGCGUUUCAGUUUGGCAGUGCGAGUGACAUCAUCCUGGAGGAGGAGGAAUCGGAACCGAUCGCCGAUCUGCGGCAUCAUCAGCGCCAGAUCUCGGACAUUAGCAGUCGGUUGAGCAACAUGUCCGGUAUUAGUGAUUCGAGCGAGGAUGCAUCGCUCUCGACGACGACCUCCGGUGUAGUGACGACGAAUGGCAUUGGGGUGGGGCAGCGGCCUAAGGCGUCGGCAGAGAUCGAGCGGAACGAUUCCGGCGUUGGUUCGGAGACGAGUAAAACGUCACGCAGCCGGUGGCAACAUCCGAUGCCCGGUUCGGCGUCGCUGUUGAACAAGAUCGCCCCGAUCCAUCUGUGCGAGGACUGUGAUGGGCCGGUGGAGACGCAGGUGACCGAAUCGGGCGUCAUGUAUGCACCGCUCGUGUGUCGCAAGUGCGGGAAGAAGCGGGCCGAGCGGAAGGAGAUCAUCACGGAGAUCGUCGAGACGGAGGAGAAGUAUGGGCGCGAUCUGCAGAUCAUCCUGGAGGAGUUCUACCAGCCGAUGCUGGUCGCUGGACUGCUCAACCAGGAUCAGCUCUCAGCGAUCUUUCUCAACGUGGAAGAGCUGCUGGAGAACAACCAGUUCCUGGCGGAGCGGAUGCGGGAUGCGCUCGACAUUGCGACCGAGCAGGGCGACGAUGAUCUGCUGACGGUGAACAUUGGCCGGAUUUUCCUCGAGGCCGCCCCGAUGCUGCACGCGUUCGAGAGCUACUGCGUCCGGCAGGGUGCCGCCAGCCUGCUGCUGGCCAAUCUGGAGAAGGAGAAGGAACUGUUGCGGAUCUUUCUGCGUGUCUCGCAGAUGGAGAAUGCUGUCCUGCGGCGCAUGAACCUCAACUCUUUUCUCAUGGUUCCGGUGCAACGUGUGACCAAGUAUCCGCUGCUACUCGCACGACUAUACAAAGUAACACCCGGUCAUCUGGAGGGCAAGGAGCUGUUGAAACAAUCACAGGAGAAGAUCGAACUGCACCUAAACCACAUGAACCGCGAGGCGAAGGACGUGCCGACGAAACUGUGGCGACGGAUCUCAUCCUCCAGCCCGGGCCGCCGGUUGUCGUGCGAGCUGGACAUGAUCAACAUUAAGCUGCGCAAGAUGGCGGUCGAUGUGCUGGAGUGGAACCACGAGGAGGUCCGUUUUGCGAUCGAAGGCCGACUGUUGUUCACGCAACCGAACGAUGGAAACUGGAAGAAGAGCCGCACCAUCAAGCUGACCUCCAUCAAUGCGCUGCUGGUGACGAACGGCAAGCCAACGGCCAGCUACAAGGCCGAUCGUGCCCUGACGGAAACGCUCAGCUUUCCGCGUCAUACCGGCAUCCGGGAGGCAUCGCUGUUGCUGGUACGCGAAAAGGGUGGCCGGUAUACGCUGCUCCGGGAGCCACUGUUCCUCGACCGGUGUGUCGUCUGUUCCGAGCACGACUGGGAGGACUACUUCGAGGUGCAGGAGAUACUCUCCAAGGAGUCCUUCAUAUUCAAGGCUGAGGAUGGCACGAAGACCAAACAGUGGUACGCCCAGCUGCAGUACCACUCGCAGGGUAUGGGCACCUGGCGCAAGCGUCGAAAUGCACUCGCCAACAUCAUGAUAAAUGGCAUGAUGACACGCACGUAGCGGAAGUCACUAGGCAACCAGGAGUGCAACCGGUUGUGCGGUGCAUCAUGCAUGCAUGCACCAUGAUGCCAGCCGGACCUUGGACCCUCGGACCCGCCGAAAGCGAAAAAACCACCCACCCUUGCCAAGCCUCGUGCCAACCUCUGAUAAGCCCACUAACGCUAACUGUGUACAGUAGGAGGGUAGGGAGAGGAGCUCAGCCUCAGCUCCAGGUCCUAGUAGCACCUAACACCGGCACCCAGCUCGCCAGCAGGUGCUCCCACGGCGCCCAUCUUGCUGAACCGGAGCGGAACCGGAUGCGGACGACGACGACGACGACGACGACGACGUCCCUUAGAAUGUUAUUUAUUCGAUUAGCUAUGGUCGCCCGGCUGCCUGUCGCUUGUUUUUAGAUGAGAUGUUCGACCUUGCUUGCCCUUCUUCUUCGUGCAAUUGCCGUGCUUAUGACGGCGGCCACACUGAUCUGCGGCAGAUAAGAGCGGCACAAAAAAAAAAAAAAAACAAGACAGCAUUUUGAUUGUGAAUUUUACUGUUUUCCGUAUACUAUAUUUUGUUUGUUUUUUUUUUUUUUAUGGACACUCCGCCUUAGCUAUUCUUACAACAAUAACGAAAAGAUAAGAGGAAAUUGACGCGAGGAGGUUAGCAAUGAAUUAGGUCACGCCACGCUGAUACACAUCACGUACGCGCGAGUUUAUGCAAAUAUAUUAAUUUAUCUCAAUACAAAGCGGAGCGGAGGAGCAGCAGCAGCAGCAGCAGAAGCAGCAGGGACGAAAUUCAAUUUAGUCAAUCUUUGGAACGAACGAACGAACGAAGACUUGGUUUUGGUUUUUGUGCUUUUUGUGCGCCCCGCAAAUCGGUGAUAGGGUUGCGAGCGAAAAGCAAUUCAAUCCGCGGCGGACACGUCCAAACGGGACCCCACCUCGAGGCCGUUUGUUGGCGCUUCCGUACGAACUAGUAUCUUAGUAUCAGUUAGAAUCGAGCAAACACAAAAAAAAACACACAAC